AAUCCUCACCCCCCCCUGCCUAUGAAUUAUUUUCCCUUCUGCUCUGUUCUCCCUCGGCCUUCUCCACUAGCCAUCUGACCUUGUCUCCCUAUUAAUUCCUUCCCACAUCAAUUUUCUCUCGUCUCUGCAUCAAACUCAGGAAGGAAUUAAUAGAGACAGGUCUAAUUAUAAUUAAAAUGAGGUUUAAGGCCACGUACCAGUUACCUCGGUGGAAUUAAUCAUAUCGUUCCAUGCAUGAAAUGCAGUUUCCUUUCUUUAAUUAGAUACAGCUACUAGUUAGGUUCCAUAACACACAUACAUUUUCAAUGGCAGCAGAGUAUUCUGAAAGCGAUACCUUAUCUAAGUCCCCAUGGUCCUCUCAUCUCACGGGCACAUCUGCUGCCGCCUCUCCCUCUAGCACCGAAGACGAAUCCGUCUCUACGGUUCUAUUGGGUUCACUCGUCCGAGAAGAAGGACAUAUAUACUCCUUGGCGGCGGCAUGCGACGGCUUGCUGUUCACAGGGUCCGAUAGCAGGAAUAUUCGGGUAUGGAAGAACCAGAAUGAGUAUGCCGCGUUUAAAUCCAACAGCGGCUUAGUCAAAGCGAUUAUUAUUGCUGGAAGAGAAAUUCUCACGGGUCAUCAAGAUGGACGCAUCCGGGUUUGGAAAGUUUCCGGCAAGAAUAACACCGUCUACAAGCGGGUCGCUACCUUGCCGACUCUCAGAAAUUACAUCAAAUGUUCCAUGAAGCCCAGGAAUUACGUGGAGGGCAGACGAAACCGCAGUGUCCUCUGGAUUAAACACCACGACGCCAUCUCUUGCCUCGGCUUAACCAAAGACGCCUCUCUUAUUUACUCCGCUUCAUGGGAUAAAACCUUCAAAGUCUGGAGAGCCUCCAAUUUCAAAUGCUUAGAAUCCGUUACCGCUCACGACGACGCCGUUAACGCAUUGGUGGUCGGAACCGAUGGCUUGGUAUUCACGGGUUCGGCUGACGGCACCGUUAAGGUCUGGCGCAGGGAGGUCCAAGGAAAAGGAACGAAGCAUUUCUUCUCGCAGACAUUGUUAAAGCAAGAGUGCGCCGUGACGGCACUGGCAUUAAGCCCGGACUCUAGCUAUCUAUACUGCGGAUCUUCCGACGGCAUGGUUUGCUACUGGGAGCAGGGGAAACCUGAGUCGCAUGGCGGCAAUUUGAGAGGGCAUAAGCUGGCGGUGCUAUGCCUGGCGACGGUGGGGAAGCUGUUGAUUAGCGGAUCGGCGGAUAUGACGAUAUGUGUGUGGAAAAGGCUAGAGAACGGGGAACACAGAUUAGUGUCGACACUGACAAGCCAUACGGGACCGGUGAAGUGCCUAUCCGUGGAGAAAGAUCCGGAAGCAGCUAUCGGAGAGCAACGAUGGAUAUUGUAUAGUGGGAGUCUGGACAAGUCGGUGAAGAAGUGGAAGGUGUCGGAGAAACUACCUGCCACCGCCCACAACUACCAACAGCAGCGUCUAAGUAUGGAUGCUCAUCCCAGAGCGUUAUCCAUGCGAAAGAUGGGGUCUAGAAGAUACUGAGUGAGCAUUCGCUAACCCACACUUUGAUUGAAAGAAGGGCGAGUGUCCUUUGUCCUUUUUUUUCUGGUAAUUUUUGAGAGCCUGGGAACGUAAUCUAAUCAUUUCCACUAUUAUGAAUGCAUGGCACAUGUAAUCAAAGAAAAAAAUCCAUAGCAUAAAUUAUGAGAAAAAAAAAUCUGAGUUCUAUUAUUCUCUUUAUGUUUAU